CCGCCAUGAUGUGUGGAAAGUAAUCUGUGUGUUGUUGUGUGAUUACUCAGUAACCUGUGUGAUUACUCAACGCUGCCUCGUUAAGUAACAUUGUGCAGAACCCACGCAAUGGUUAAUUCUUGUGUUGUUUGGGGUUGUGUAAAUCGUCAUGAUGGAAAUGUCAAUCGACGAUUUUAUGAUAUACCCAGACCCAUAAAACACCAAGGAAGUGAAACUGAAAAGCUGUCAAGAGAACGUAGGUUGUUAUGGCUGGCUAGGAUCAAUCGUCAAGGAUUUAACCCUGAUCCUACGAAACGUCACUACAAGGUGUGCUCAGACCAUUUUAUUUCUGGUGAAAAGGCUGAAUUGUAUGAUAGAACCAACCCAGACUGGGCGCCAUCGUUGAAGCUAAUUGGGCCAGAUACAACUCAAGAGAACCACGUGCCAACAGAUGGAAAACUUUCGAGAUCUGCAGUGAAACGCUAUAAACGUGCCCAGGACAGGAAGCAGAAACGGGAACAGCAUCAUGCAGCACAAGCAUUAUUAGAUCUCAGGAAUGAACCACUGCCAGAAACUUUAUCAGACUGUACAGAAACAGCAUCAUCUGCAACACCCUGCCACUUUACUUUGAAAGGAUGUCUAGAGCAAGCAGAUAACACAGCAGAAACCGAAAAUUGUGAUAUCAUGGCAAAAAUGAAUAUGGAGCUACAACGUCUCACUUUGGAAAAUAUGGAGCUACAGGAAAGCCUCGGGAAAACUGUUUUCUCGCCGGACACUUUGAAAAACGAUGAAGCAAAGGUUAAGCACUACACUGGUUUGACUUUUACAGUACUGAUGGCACUGUUUCAGUUCUUGUCACCUUGUAUAUCUGUGACAGCUAAAAGCUCUGUGACGAAGUUUGGGAAACUAAUGUUGGUAUUAAUGAAACUGAGACUUAACCUCAGUUUACAGGAUUUAGGCUACCGUUUUACUGUAUCGACAAGCUGUGUGUCAAAAAUAUUUAAUGAAAUGAUACAUAUAAUGUACAUAAGAAUGAAAGGCUUGAUUAUGUGGCCUGAACGAGAAGAACUACAAAUGUCAAUGCCAAUGGAGUUUAGAAAAUAUUUUGGUGUAAAAGUGUCUAUUGUAAUAGACUGUUUUGAAAUAUUUAUUGAAAGACCUUCCAAUUUAUUAGCUCGUGCUCAAACAUGGUCCAAUUAUAAACACCACAAUACAGUAAAAAUUUUAAUCGGAAUAACCCCACAGGGAGCAGUUUCAUUUCUUUCUAAAGGAUGGGGUGGGAGGGCCACUGAUAAAUUCAUAACAGAAAACUGUGGUUUAUUGCACAAACUUUUACCGGGAGAUAUAGUUCUAGCCGACAGAGGGUUUGAUAUAAAGGAAAGUGUUGGCCUGAUGUGUGCUGAAGUUAAGAUACCAGCAUUUACAAAAGGAAAAAAACAGUUGUCGCCUGUCGAACUAGAAGCAACUAGGAAGAUUGCACAUAAUCGAAUACAUGUAGAAAGAGUUAUUGGUCUGGUACGAAAUAAGUACACAAUUUUACAGAGUACACUACCAAUCGACUAUCUUCACAGCACAUCUGAUACUGCACCCACGAUUGAUAAAAUAGUAACUGUGUGCUGUGCAUUGUCUAAUAUGUGUCCUUCUGUUGUCCCAUUUGACUAGUACAUUGUGUGUAAAUAUGAUAUGUCUAUAUUUGUGGUGUCAAAAUUUGUGAUAUAAGUUACACUCAUUGGCAAAUUAUGAACUGUGCAAGACUUAAACAUUAUUAAA